GUGUGGCUGGAGCGAUUUUUGCUGACGCAACAAAGCAGCCAUGGACGUGCUGGACUCUCCGCUGGCUAGUCUGUGGUCCCUCAUUGUCAGUGCGUCCAUGGAUGAUAUCUACAUUUACUACUGCUUCGUCUCGCCAUUCGUCGGCGUUCUGUUCUUCAUACUGGUGAACGUCGUGUUUGGAAUACUGGACGUGACUGGGAGACCUCGAGCACUCGUCAAGUACAAGAUCCAGGAAGAGAAACCAGUGCCACAUGCCACCUACCCUCUGGUGAUGUUGCUAGAGGUGGACAUGGGACGACAGCUCCCUUCACUGACUACCACAGUCUGGCAACUCCUUGUCUCCGUCAUAGUCGUGGAGAUUGGGUUCUAUUACUUUCACAGGUUGUUGCACCACCCUCUGCUGUACAGACGUAUCCACAAACAGCACCACGAGUGGAUAGCACCGGUUGCAAUGUGCUCCGUUUACUGCCACCCCGUGGAGUAUAUCCUCAGUAACCUCAUACCUGUUGUAGCUGGACCAAUGAUCACACGUGCCCAUGCAAGUGUCGGUCUUCUGUGGUACCUGAUGGUCAUAUUUGCCACCAGUGUCCACCACAGUGGCUACCAUUUCCCCCUCCUACCCUCCUCAGAGAGCCACGACUACCACCACUCCAAGUUCAAUCAGUGUUUUGGAGUGAUAGGGGUCCUGGACUACCUCCACGGGACCAACGAUAGCUUCAGGAGCAGCAAGGGCUACGAGAGACACACCCUUCUUCUGGGGACAGAUCCUGCCUAUGUUGUGUACCCUGACCCUGGAGAAAAGAGGGCCAAGCCCGAGUGA